AUUCUGACACUCAUUGGUAUCGUGUUGUAUGUUGGAAGUGUAAGUCAGGCCUUCGAUGCAAUUACCGGGCCUAUCACAAUUGAGACCACGUACGUCUACUUCUACGGUGCCGCCCUUCGUCUAUGCAUUGUUGCCUUUGUCCUUAGUGAAUUUUCUGGAGUCUUUGCUAUCUACCUCUUCCUUGCGCAAAGGAGACAUCAGAGCCAGGGGGAAAGUCUCUCUCCGCAAAUACCUAACAACAAAGGAAUUUCCACCCAAAACCACAGGGACUACAAGGUUCGCGACUGCUUGCUCUCAAAAACGACAAAUGGUGGAGAUGUGGGUUACUUCGCAAACAGUAUUUCCACCAUUGGUUUCUCGCCCUCCCAGGUAGUCGUGACAGCUACUUCGUUUGCUCAAGUCUCACUCUUUGAGAAUGAAGUUCCAGGCGAAAAACGAGCAAACUCCAUUACCGUCGCAGCCCCUUACUCACGGAGCAGCAGUCAGAAGACACUUUCAGCCCCCCACCCACAAAACCGCCUCCCCUAUCUGAAUCCCCAGCAAGCAAAUCGACUCGAAGAAUCCCCCUGA